AUGUGCAGCGAGCCUCGUUUUUGCAGAUCCAGCUUCAGGUCGUGUUUCAUCCUUGCAGGGCCGUGCUACUUGGUGGCAGUGGCGGCAAGUUCCAUCCUGUACGAGAACACCACACAGCUCAAUGGAAAGGGGCCGAUGGCACGGCAUGCGCUUCAGCUACAAGAGCUGAUCUUCACCCCGUCAAGUGACUCUGACAGUCUGGAUUCAUCGACGAGCGAUCAGCCUGAGGCCAGAGUCAGCCUUGAUGCAGAUACUACAACCAGCGAAACGGGUGACCAAAGUCGUCCCUCUCCUGGUUCUCAGCAUCAGUUUGGCAGACCUGGCAUUGCAAGCUGGUGGAAUUCCAGCUACUUUGAUACAGUAGCGCGGGAGGAACGUUUACUGUGUCCUGCUUCUGCAGAGGUGUCUACAUGGAAUGGCCGGCUGGGAAAUCACAUCCAUCAGAUCUUGAAUCUGUUGCUUUUUGCUCAUUUGUGCCAUGUCAGCGACGUGCGUUUCCCCAAGCACCAGGACAACAUGCAUGCGUACAGUCACCAAAUUGGGCUGUUGGACAUGCCAACAAAGCUCAAAUUUCCUCAUCAAGACCCAAAGCUGAAGCACUUGCUCAAGUGCCCGCGUCACGCCAACCACAGGCAUCCCUGGUUUGGGAACUAUUGCGCUACAAACACGCCGAUGUGGGUGUACCAUCAGCUGGCUCUGGAAUUUGUUCGGCCGCGCCUUGGCGAGCUGAUCCAGAAGUGCUUGCAGAGACCCGAGGACUCUGACGCCGACCGGACCCUCACCGUUCACAUGCGCGCGGACGACAUUCAGAAGUACCCGGAUUACAGUUGGGGCCAGCCACCUUGCAGCAUGUAUGAGAAGAUCAUAGAGGAGAACAAGAAUAACUUUACCAAGAUUCUCCUCAUCCAAAAAGGGAAUGCACCCUGCUCACAGCGGCUGCUUGAUGCUGCGAAGAAAGCAAUGAUGUUGGUGCAAUACCCCGACAACAAGUUCGAUGAAACGUCCGUUCCAUGGCAUUUGAGAAUCUUUCAUCGAGAGGCCAGGUUGGUUGCUACAAUGAGUGACAUGUUAAGCAACCUGGUGCACUUGGUUCUCUCCUUCUCCACGUUCGCUGUCUCUGCUGCCCUGCUUAGUACUUCAAUGAAGACGUUAUACCGCAGGCGUGAAGCAGCAUGGGAGAGCUAUUUGAAAUCUCCAGGGUUGAACUGCAAUACCUGGCCCGGGGUGACAAUGUACGACUACAGUUUCAAUGUGCUUGAAGCUUAG